GGUAUUAUAUACCCUUUUUAAAAAUACAUUUUGUCAGAUAAAUUAAGGAUCUCUUAAUUCAUAACAAUUAUUUAAUGGUUCUGAUUUUAGAAUUAAGUUCCUUUUGAGUAAAUGCAGUAUCUGCAUACUUGGUUACUGCUAUUAAAAAUUUAAAAAGUUGAAAGGGGAACUUGUUACUAUGCAUAAACAAAUUGAAUUCCAGGAUGAUUGAGCACUAAUCCCGUUUACUGCAGAAAGAAGUACAUUGAAAGCUGGAAAAGAUGAAACAACUAAAAAGGAAAAGAAAAAGCAAUUUCAGUGUUCAGGAGACUCAAACACUGCUUAAAGAAAUCCGAAAAAGGAGAGAGGUGCUUUUUUCCAAGCAGCUAAAUACAACUAUUAAUGAGAUGAAGCGGAAGGCUUGGGAAGAAAUUGCAGAAUGUGUGAAUGCUGUAGGUGAAGGAGAGCAAAGGACCGGGACAGAAGUCAAAAGGCGAUACCUUGAUUGGAGAGCCCUUAUGAAACGAAAGCGACUGAAUACUAAUAUAAAGUUAGUGGGAGCUGGCUUUCACCUCCCUUCAUCUGAUCUGGAUGACUCUCUCAAUGAAGAUAUUGAUGAGAAAAUAGGAUUUCCAAAUGAAUCUAAUUUUGAAUGGCAAAAUAUCACAGAUUUCAGAGAAGCAGGAGGAUCGUUAACUGAAGUGAAAGUAGAAGAGGAGGAGGAAGAUCCACAGAGUUUUGAAUUUCCUAUUGAGGAAGAAGAGGAAAUUCUGUCCUCAGUUUUGCCAGAUUCCAAAAAGGAAAGUGACCUUCCUGAUUUCACCCAUAUUGAAGAAUUUGGAAAUCUAAGCUCUGCUCAAGCUAGGCUGGCUUAUGAAGAUUCCCAUUUACUGAUUAGCUUGGAGAAGCAGAAGCUAGAGCUGGAGAAACAACGGCUGGAUAUUGAAGCGGAACGGUUGCAAAUUGAGAAGGAGCGUCUGCAGAUUGAAAAAGAGCGGUUGCGGCAUAUUGACCUGGAACAUGAGAGGCUUCAGCUGGAAAAAGAGCGGUUACAAAUUGAGCGGGAGAAACUGAGGCUUGAAGCUCAGCAUGGUGAAAAACCUAUCCUGGAGAAUGAUGCAAACCAGGCAGAAAAGCCUGUCCUACAACCUUUGGAUUUAGAAACAGAAAAACUGAAAAUUGAAAAAGAGCGUUUGCAGCUUGAGAAGGAGAGGCUGCAAUUCCUGAAGUUUGAAUCAGAAAAGCUGCAAAUUGAAAAAGAACGCUUGCAAGUGGAGAAAGAGCGGCUUCGAAUUCAGCGAGAAGGGCAUUUGCAGUGAACUUGGGGGAAAUCGUUAACAAUGUUGUUUUGUUGUUUGUACUUUUUUUAAAAACAGAAUUGUAGUUUUGUUUCAUUAAAAGUGUUGGAUAGUCUGGUCUACAAAACAUUUCAUUACCAGUGAUAACCCUGCUUUGUAUCGCUUUGCUACUGUGGUACUUACACUUUGAGAGUACUUUUGUUUUGGCCAUAAUUGAGCAUUAAUGUGUUCAAAUUAAACAAAAAAAAAGCUGGGAAUUGGUGCUCAGUAAGUUGUUGUGCCUGUAUAAAUGGAGCUUAUGUGUGAAAUUACAUUUUGGUGUAACAGAAGAAGUGUUAAUAUUCUCUUGCAUUCUCUGUUGUAUAGCUUUACAUCCACAUUAAGAAUCAAGGCUUGGCUGUGUCUUGCAUUUUAAGAGUGUUAUUCUAAACCCAUAGGAGCCUUCAACAUAAAUUUAUGUCUGAGCUGAAGGAGUGAGUUUGAAAUAGGCCUUGCACAAUAUAUAAUGUUAACUCCAAAAGUUAUGCCUUUAAUGUGAGGUGUGUUCUUAAGAUAAAUUAAGGCCAGAGUUUAAAGCUCUCAAUCAUUUUUCUUCUCAGUAUGUUUGUAGAAAAAAGAGGGAAAUAAAACUUCAAAUAUUAGAACAGAUUUCACAAUUUAUGUCUAAGCUUGACCAAACCUCUGGCUUCAGUAGUUAAUUUUGGUAGCCUACUUUGACAUUCAAGUGUUUGAGCUGGAAUAUAUCUCAUGGGAUUUACAUAGAUUAUUUGGACCUGUCAGUUUAUUUAUAUUGCUAUGUAAUUAUUUU